CUGAACGCACACUGAUAUAUAUAAACACAGAUCGUACAUAAAUCACACUCCUUGUAUUUAAAGGACUUUAUUUCUUCAUGAAAAAAAUCAAAGAGCAAAGUCUGUCAUCGACCCAUUCAGAGGGCAUCCGAAGAUCAGAGAGAGCAAAAUCUUAGCCAAUCAGGAGUGAUCUCUGAGAUAUAAUUCGCUUUCAUUGGUUACAGAGAUUGUCCGAAAAGGUCGAAGAAGGUCGCAUUCGUUAAGAUUAGAACUCUGAGCAAUCUGAGUGGAGCAAUGUGAAUUUGAUUUAAAACACCCUGGUAGUAUAUUUACAGUGAUUAAAGGCCCCAGUUUUACGUAUACUUUAUCAAUGAGCAACGCUUCGUAAACGAUGUACCUCAAAAGGUGUUAUUACUACAGGGGACUUUUCAUGAGACUUUGAAACUGUAGUUCUGAAAUUUCUCCAUCGAAAUUUGAAUGUGUUCGUCAUACCGUCACUUCAGGAAAAAGGAUUUCGGUUUUUCACAAUGUGUAUUGAAACUCGAAUUUCACCAUUAGGACAUUGUUAAAAUAUCUUAUUUCCUUGGCGAAGAUAUGAAAGAACUCGAACUUGCUAUUUGCUUGAACCUUGUAAACUUUGUAUAAUAAAGUGCAAUGUGAAAAAGGAAAGGAUCUGUCUUUUAAAGUUUACUUUGUAAACAUUGAUAAAAUGCCUUCGAUUAGAAAGACGAUUUUAUUUUCAUCGUCAAUCGCGUUUUUGAAAAUUCUUUAUGUUGCUGGAUUAGUACCGUACAUCACAGAUAAUAGUUCCGAACGUCUUAACUUAGAUGAUGGGAAAUGGGUGGGAACGGAAACGUCCCGAGAGACCCUAUGGGCCGAAGCCGCUUUCGCACAUUUGAAAAAAUUAAACUGUAGUGAUAUAUUUUUUACUUCUUCAAGGGAAUGUCAGCGUCUAUUGCUCGUGCCUAAGAGUUCCUAUAUAGUGCAUGUAGCCCCAUUUUCGCCUAGAGGAGAGUAUGAUGUUUUAUUGCCCGAUGAGAAAUUGACACGAAGAAAUACGCACGAGGGGGUGCUAGUAUUCGAUCCGUAUCCCCUCGCAAACUUUGGUCAUUUAGUGAUAGUAUUUGUGGUAGACAUCCGAAGUAGAUUCAAGUGUGCACAUAAAAAAGGGAUCUAUAUUGAUUCAACAGGGGAUUGCUUGACAUUUGCAUUGAAAAAGAAAUGUAAGAACGCCAUCAAAAGAAAUAGUAAGCGGAAGCACUGGGCGCGGCGCUGUGAGAUCAACUUCCUUCCGGUUGUUCACAUUCGGAAGGCCUCUAAAGCAAAGAAAGAAAACAGCAAAUACAACUAUCUAAAGUGCUGGAAAGGUAUUAAGGGGUUUGGACACUGCCCUCUACUAAGACCAGAAAAUGAGACAAAAGAUUUAAUUUGUAAUCCAAUACGUGACAACACAAAAAGAUGUUCCACAACACAUGAAACUGUGCAUACAAGUUGCAGAGUGUUUGAAAUAUGUGAUCAGGCAGUCAUGUUGUCAGGGGGCUGGAAUCGUGAAACUAGCAGUGUUCGAUUCAAAAGUAAUUUAGCGGAGUUCUACGUCAUGCUACGAAACUAUGGCUUCAAAAAGCGAAAUAUCAAGAUCUUUUACGCCAAUGGAGCAUCAAAUUUUAACAUUCCCGGUGAGCAUGCGCACCAGGUACAUCCGGCUGCCAUGAAGUAUGCCUUCCGGUACCACCUUCAGAAGCUCUGUCGAGUCCCACACUGUGUAAAUUCUUUGGUCGUGUAUCUAAAUAGUCCAGCAAAGAACGAUGGCACAAGUCUACUCUGGGACGUCGAUAAUAAUGGACUUGCUGACAAAUCGGAAGAAUAUACCAUCAGGGAGCUGAGGGAAGACCUUGCAUUAUGUGCUGCUAAUUAUGUCCAUCUGAUCGUCGACCAGAGUUUUUCCGGAGACAUUGCUGACGCAUUCAAGAACUCCAAACGUCAUCGCAACGUCAUCGUUUUCGCCAGUGGCGCAAAUAAUGAAUAUGCAUAUGAUGAUGAGUAUUCGCGUCAGUGGACUAGAUCCAAUCACACGCAUCAAUGCACAUGGAACAUACACGAGCAUAGCAAAAAUGCUAUCAAACAUUCCACACCGGAAGUAAAGGAAGGGGAAAGAGGCGAAGUUCGUACCACAAUAUUUGGGUCCCCCUGCAAUGUAUACCCUCCUUUCACUGCCAAGGAACUCAAACAAGACUACCUUGGAUGUCAGGCUUUGCCCACUGCAUUGUGGAUAAAGAAACUGCUUUCGUCAUCAGAGGAAACGGAAUUUGGACGAGAUUAUGCAAAUGAACCAUGGGCGUGAUGUUUCAAAUCUUAUCAAUCUUUUUCUUACAUGAAACCGUUUCAUUGUAAAAGAUAAAGAAAAAAAACUUGGAUUCAAAACAAUAAUUGUUUGCCGCUAAUCUUUCAUCCUGCCGAAUCAUGAGGGCCUCUUUUUGAUGAGAAAUCUAUACACUGUAUCCUGUGACACAACAUGAAGAAGAUUCAUGUUGACCAGUUAUUGUAUAUAAGAUGUUUUUAUAUGGUGAACACAACAUUGUGAUGAAUUCUUGAUACAUUUGGCUUCUGUAAUCGUGUGAGACAUUUUAAUUUCCUUUCGUCGUUAAAGGAAAUGAGUGCUUGCAGAAGCCAUGUCAAACAUGUGGUAAUGUUGAACCUAUCAGGAAAAAAUCGGCUGAUUGACAAACAUGAUUCCUGCACCUUUGUUUCAGCAGUUGCUUUUUGUACGUUAUCAAAUGUGAUGUGAUUUUGAAUUUAUUAAAAAAAAAAUACAUUUUUGUGGUUGUAACCCUCUGAAAGAGAAUGAAGAUUUUAAUUCUCUUUUGAGGGAUUUUUUGACACUCCUGACAUUGUGGAGAGGGAAUUUAUGACGUAUAUUUAUCAUUCUAAGAGAAUUGAAUGUCAUUAUGAUAUAUUUUAUUUUACAUUAAAAUAAGUUGAAUUAGUGUAAUAGAAAAAAAAAAUAAAUUUACUAAAACAAAAAAAAAAAAAAAAAAAAAACAUACGUGUAAAUGUUUCAAGUUGUUUAAAAUCCAUCAAUGAUAUAUUAGAAUUAUUUCAGAUUUAUUUCAGAGACGUGCUCGUAAGUCGUACUAUAACUUGAAUGUUCACCUUAAGAUUUGUUCCGACAGUAUUUUUGACUUAAAAUAUUUAUCUUAUUCAAUAUUUGGAAUAAUGCAUUGGUUUACCAAAGAUUAUAUUUAUUAUAUCAUAUAUCACUGAAGAAAUGUUUAUAAUUUAUUAAAAUAUUGGAAAUUAACUUUUAA